AUGAUACCCGGAGGAGCAGUGAAUAACACUCCCCGCUCUUGUGUACCUGGUUUCAGGUCAUUGGUGUGCUUUAUCAAGAUGCACUGUAUUGUUAGUACCUCAUGGCUAGCUUGUACGGGUGACUGCAGAACCAUUCGCGCAGCUCUUAUCGACAAGCUUUCAUCUUCCAGACGGCGCUUGUUCACUUUAUUCAUUCUAUCCAUUGAGGUUUGCCGCGUUUCAUUCAUCAAAGUGCUACUUUUGUUCAAUCUGUGGAUCCGCUGGCGGUGGCCUCAGGAUGCGACUAGCCUUCUAAACUUCAUCUGGCCCCUCGUCCCUCGCGCUUCACCUCACUUUUCGCGAUAG